UUUGAAAUUGUUGAUAGAAGAUGGGAUGUUCAGCUUCAUCGCCCAUUACAUGCAGCUGGUCAUUUUUUGAAUCCAGAGAUGUAUUAUGACAACCCUCAAAUGGAAUUUGAUAGUGAGAUUAUAAGAGGGUUUUAUGCAAGCAUGAAUAAGUUGGUAGGAGAUUUGCAAGUGGAGCAAAAAAUCAUGAUGGAGCUACACACUUAUAAAGUUGCAGGAGAAUUGUUUGGGACUGAACUUGCUAUAGCAAUGAGGAAAAAGGUUUCACCGGCUCAAUGGUGGAGACUUUAUGGUUCAUCAACCCCCAAUUUACAACAACUAGCCAUAAAGAUAUUGAGCUUGACUUGUAGUUCAUCCGGUUGUGAACGUAAUUGGAGCGUCUUUGAGCAAAUUCAUACUAAGAGAAGAAAUAGGCUUGAUCAUAAAAAAUUACAUGACUUGGUCUAUGUUAAGUAUAAUCAAGCACUCAUGCGAAGAUACAACCUUAAGGAUGAAGUUGAUCCCAUUAGCCUUAAUGAUAUUGAUGAAUGUAAUGAAUGGCUGGUUGGAGAGAUGGAUGGGGAUGAUGAUGAUGAAGUUGAAGCUCUAGAUGAGAGGGUUUUUGGUGGAAAUGAUCCACUUACUUGGAAUCAAGUUUAUGAUGUUUCAGGGGUUGGAGAGCCUCUAAUGUAUACUAGGCGUAACAAAAGGAAGCAACCUCCAAGUGGGGAAGGAGCAUCGUCUAAAAAGGGCAAAGGAGUGUUUUCUUCAACUAGGAAAGGAAAAGGAAAAAUUGUUGAAGUUGUUGAAGAAGACUCAGAAGAUAUUAGUGAGGAGUCAGAGGAAGAAUUGCCAAAUAUUAACUUUGACAAUUCAGAAGGUGAAGAAGUUGAAGGCUAUGCCCCUUUGGCAUUCAAUGAAGAGAAUGAUUACAUUGAGGAAGAGGAGGAGAAUGAUGAUGAUGAGGAUGAUUAG